AUGGAUCAAAUACCUUAAGAAGAGGUCGAUGAAGAGCAAUAAUUGGAAAAUGAGAUCAAAAAUAUCUCAGCUCUCUCUAUUUAAUUAGUUUGGAAGAAGUACAAAACUCUUAAGGCCAUACGACAAACAGUAAAAUCUAAAAGAGAGCCUGUGGUUGCAUAUUACUCUUCCAUAGCCACAAAUUAAAAGAUCAGAAGCGACCAAAUGCAACUCUUUCACAUGUUGAAAGUCAAGAACAUCAAAUUCUAUAAAUUCGAUCUGGUCGAUAAUAAAAUGGCCCAAGGGUGGGUCAAGGAUAUUUUGAAUCGUUAUCAGUUGCCAUUCGUCACCAUCAAUAAUAUCUUUGUUGGAGGGUAUGAUGAAUUCUAGAUCUUGUAUGAAUUGGAACUCUUGCCUCGCAUAAUCAAGAAAGAUUAUGAACGGGAAUGCAUAUUGUGUGAUGAACCAAAAGAAGGAGAUGAGUGCCCGAAUUGUAAAAAGCCUUUUGAUUUCUUCAGGAAAGACUGA